UUUGUAUGAGUUUAUUUCUUGCUAGAUGAAUAUGUGAAAAUACUUGAAACUUAGUGUCGCAUUAAUUAUUUAAGGAGGACUUGAUACAUCAUUAUUUGUGUGUUAUUUAUACGUACUUGAUUCACGGCUUGGUUAUUUACUGGAAUUUAUCGGGGUAUCGCAACCACUGACCAUUUCUGCGCUGUGUCGGGUCUUGAUAAAAUAGAUCUCUCUCUAUUUGAAAAUAAUAUUGGAUAUUUUCAUCCUGUAAUCAAAUUGCGAGGAAAGUUUCAUUCUGUUAAUAAGAAUAGACGUAAGGAUCUAAGAUAUACAUGCUGUGGAUGUCUUACUUUACACAAGACAAUAUUUUGUGACGUUGAUAACCACUAGUAGUCUAGGUAGAAAGCUAAUUAAGACAGAUAGUAAAAUAACAAAAUGGGAAACAAAUCUUCAAAAAAGAAGCUUCCAAAGGAAGAUCUAGAUUUUCUCACACAAAAUACAAAAUUCUCCAAGAAUGAGAUUAAAGACUGGUACAGGGGCUUUAUGCGAGAUUGCCCAGACGGCCUUUUAUCAAAGACGAAAUUCUUAGAAGUGUAUUCCACAUUUUUUCCUGCGGGAAAUCCCGACCAGUUUUGUGAACAUGUGUUUCGAUCUUUUGACAAAGACAAUAGUGGUAAAAUAGACUUCAAAGAGUUCCUAUUAGCUAUAAAUAUCACAUCAGGGGGUAAUCCUUCUCAGAAACUCAACUGGGCCUUUGCCAUGUACGACAUCGACGGAAACGGAACUAUAGAAAAGAACGAAAUGGUUGAAAUUAUUAAAGCCAUAUAUUCCAUGUUGGGAAAUGCCUUGACCAACCAAGAUACUGACAGCCCCGAGGAUCGAACGACCAAAAUCUUUGCCAAGAUGGAUGUUAACAAUGAUGGUGUCUUAACGCGUUCCGAGUUUGUUGAUGGAUGCAUGAAAGACCAGUUCCUAUACCAGAUGUUGACAGCAGACGCCGGGGGUUGUAACCAGGAAUAAACUUUAUAAACACUUAUAUCUCAUGUUCAUUCUUUCAUUUUUAUACAUUUGUGUUCUUUUUAAAUCUUGGACAUACUUUAGCAGACGGAUAUGCAGAAUGUAAAAUGAGAACUUUGCAAGAAUAAUAGAGUUGAUUAAAUAAGAAAAUACCCUUUUUUAAUAGUUUUGUAUUGAUGUUUGGAAAAUGAAAGGCGUUACUAAGAAGGUACAUUUUUAUGUCCCUUGUUUACUCUUCAAUGUAAAGAUAGGAAAAGUACAUGCGGACCAGAAAAUGGAUUUCUGUUCUAUUUCUGCAAGAUUUGAGAAUUGUUGUGUGACAAAAUGCAAUAAAAGAGCAUCUACGUUUUAUGAGGUCUAUGAGAACUGACAGAAUACUUGAAACAGUUAUUUAUAGCAGGUCAGGAUAUAUUCCAUGGUCAUUCAGUACAGAUUUUUCAGGUCUCUGACUGGCAUGGGUUUUAUUUUUUGUGUGUUCAUAUUUAAUAAGGUAAAAGAAUUUUAAAGAACCAAAAGUUUAGACUGGUUUGAAACUGUGAUUGGGAAUUGGGCAUAAUGUAUAACUACUAUUGUAAACCCAAUUACCAAAACUUUUUAAGUGUAAAUAUACAUUAAUCAAAGAUCAAGGUCAUGUUUGAAGCUUAUUUAGGAGAUGUUUUAAUUUCCAAGAACAUGUAUUUGCCAUUAAAUCCCACAUUCCUAGGAUUAUGAUUAAAUUGUAAUUUUUUGAAUCAUGCCAUAUUAUUUCAUUUGUGAAUAGUUUCACCAUUUUGCACAUUUUUUCUCCAUUUUUUCCCAUUUUUCUACUUGCUUAAAAUAGAUGUAAAAACAAUUCUUAUUUAUCAAUCCAUACAAUUUUUUUUAUCAAAUAUUUUUUUUUAUAAUAUAAUAAAAAAUAAGUAAGGAAGCUUUUUGAAGAUAAAAUUACCCAUACCAGUAAAAUUUCAUCAUGUUGUGUCCUACUUCAUAAUACCAGUUGUGUUCUGUUUUUUUUCUCUUUCCCCUAAAUUUUUAGUUUCUUGCUGUAACAUUUUUAUUGCUUAAUACCUGUUGAAAACCAAUUUUAUAAUUACAGAUAUACACCUGCAGUAAAAUUUUUCUGUUUUGCGUGGAACUGUUGUUGUGAACAUAAAUUUCAGUUAUUUGAAAUACUAAUAUUUGAAAUAUUAAUAUUCAAGGGCAAUAACUCAUUAUGCUACUUUUUUUCAAAACAAAAUGGGUGCAUGAUUUCCAGAAAGAUCAACAAAAUUAUACUUUAAAUUUUUACUAACAUUUCUGAAUUUGUUAAAAAAAAGUUAUAAUUACUUUCCUAAUUGGCAGCAGAUAGUGUAGGCAGACAUUCCAUCAACCUGUAACCUCAUUCCUACUAACGUCAUUUCCUCUCAAAUGAUUUUCGGUGACAUUUUAUUUGUGAUUUGAAUAAAUCAGUGAAAAUUAUGAUUAUCGAAAUUUUGCUAAGUUAGUAUUGAACACGAAUUUCAUUUUAUUAUGGCCUCACAAUUGGAUUACAAGAUGACAUUAUGGAAAUAUAUGGGAAAAUUUAAUUUCAUUUUAACAUGUGUCAAUUAAUAUUGAUAUUUAAAUAAAAAUAUUAUAGUAUACAGAUGUUUUUAUGCCACCGCAGCAUCUGCGAUGCGGUGGCAUAUAGCGAUUCACCUGUGUGUGUGUGUGUGUGUGUGUUUGUGUGUGUGUUUGUGUGUGUGUUAUAUAGAUUAUAUAGUGAACUUAAAAAAUCUUCUUGUGAAAAACCACUAGUCCAAUUUCAACCAAACUUGGCAGGAUUGUUCCUUGGGUGAAGGGCUUCCAAAGUUGUUCAAAGAAUUUCAUUCCAUGCAGAAAUCUGGUUGCCAUGGCAACCAAAAGGAAUUAUAAGAAUAAAUUUAAAAAAUCUUCUUGUAAAGACCCAAAAGGCCUAGAGCUUAGAUAUUUUGCAUAAGGCAUUGUCUGGUAGACCUCUAACAAGAUUGUUCAAAUUAUAGCCCUGGGGUCAAAAUUGGCCCCGCCCCGAGGGUCAUUGAUUUUCACUAUGUACAUAUAGUAAAAACUUAAAAUACCUUCUUGUAAAAACCCAAAAGGCCUAGAGCUUAGAUAUUUUGCAUAAGGCAUCUUCUGGUAGACCCUUACCAAGAUUGUUCAAAUUAUAGCCCUUGGGUCAAAAUCGGCCCCGCCCCGUACAUAUAGUGAAAACUUAAAAUACCUUCUUGUAAAAACCCAAAAGGCCUAGAGCUUAGAUAUUUUGCAUAAGGCAUCUUCUGGUAGACCCUUACCAAGAUUGUUCAAAUUAUAGCCCUUGGGUCAAAAUCGGCCCCGCCCCGGGGUCAUUGAAUUUCACUAUAUGUACAUAUAGUAAAAACUUAAAACACCUUCUUGUAAAGACCCAAAAGGCCUAGAGCUUAUAUAUUUUGCGUAAGGCAUUGUCUGGUAGACCUCUACCCAGAUUGUUCAAAUUAUAGCCCUGGGGUCAAAAUCGGCCCCGCCCCGGGGGUCAUUGGUUUUCCUUAUAUGUAUAUAGUAAAAACUUAUAGUAAUAGUAAAAACUUCAAAAAAAAUUCAUCUAGCAAUUGACAAAUGCUAGAGGUUAGAUAUUUUGCAUGAAACAUUGUGUAGUAACCUCUAGCAAGAUUGUUCAAAUUAUAGCCCUGGGGUCAAAAUUGCCCCCGCCCUUGGGGUCAUUGAUUUCAAUAUAUACAUAUAGUAAAAAAAUAAAUAAAUCUUAUUGUCUGAAGGUACAAGGCUUAGAGCUUUAAUAUUUGUUAAAUUAUAUCAUCUGAAGGUACUCUACAAAAUUUAUUCAAAUUUUGCCUCUUGUGUCAAAAUUAGCCCCGCCCCCUGGUGGCCAUAGGUUUUCCUUAUAUGUAUAUAGUACAAACUUAAAAAAUCAUCUUCUCUAAAUUUACAAGGCUAGAGUUAAGAUAUUUUGCAUGAAACAUUGUGUAGUGAACCUCUGGCAAGAUUGUUCAAAUUAUAGCCCUGGGGUCAAAAUUGGUUCCGCCCGGGGGGUCAUUGAUUUUCAUUAUGUACAUAUAGUGAAAAAAUAAAAAAUAUUUUUGUCUGAAGGUACAAGGCAUAGAGCUUUGAUGUUUGAUAUAUAAUAUCAUUUAUAGGUCCUCUACCAAAGUUGUUCAAAAUUUUCCCCUGGUGUCAAAAUUGGCCCUGCCCGGAGGCAGUGAUUCUCAUUAUGUACACAUAGUAAAAACAGAAAAUAAAACAAAUGUUUUCUGAAUGGGAGAAAGCUAUAGCUUAGAUAUUUGACUUGAAAUGUUGUUUGGUGGACCUGUAUCAAAAUUGUUUUGAAUUAAACCCUUGGGUCAAAAUUAUGCCUUGCCCAAGGGGACAGUGACCUACUUUCUUGUCCUUUGAUGUACAGCAAUGACAUUUUGACCAUGUGCACAGUUUUAGUUGUAAAAUUGAACUUUGAUAUCAGGUGACCUAGAUUUUGAUGAUGUGACCUACUUUCUUGUCCUUUGGUGUACAGCUAUGAAAUUUGAACCAUGCGGUGGCAUAGCAUUUUUAUCAAAUGCAAUCUUGUUUUAUUUAUGAUGAAAUAUUAUUAAAUAUUAUGUUUUGUAAACAAAUAUUAGAAAUGAUGAUGUAUUUUAAUUAACUGUGUGAGAACUACUUGAUAUUAUUUUGUCGAGUCGAGGAAGUUUUAGUUAAUAGAAGGAAGGUUCAUGAAAUAUUUUCACAAAGAAAUGACUGCAGACGAAAAAUGUAUUUUAAUCAGUUAUGUAGGUAAAUAAAAUGCAAGACAAAAUUGAAGUUAAGUACAAAUUGAUAUUGACUGGCAACAGAAAAUAGACAUUUUUUUUGGACAAGUAGCAUUUUGAGAUCUUUUUUUCUUUGAUGGUGGGUGAGCUUAUUGUGACAAGAAUUAAUAAUGCAGUGAAUAAUAUUCCUUAUUUUGGAAAAAAAAAAUUCCCCCCCUGAGAAAAGUUAAUAGAUCAUUGCAUUCCAUGACAUGUUUUGAUGAAAAGAGUUUUGGAGGAUGACUAAGUACAUAGGAUUUGGUCUGAAAUUAGACUGUACCCGAUAAAGUUGACAGCGUACAAUACUUCCUGUUAAGAGAUCUGUGUAUAGACAUCAUCUAUACAAUAAAGUAAUAAUUCACAAUAAAUACUGUCUGUUUUUGUAUAGACCCUGGAAUUUUCAGUUUUAUGACCAUUUAAUGCAAAAUUUUGUCUCCAAAAUUGAAGUUUUUCCAAUAUGUAGUUGAAUAAAAGAAUAUUUAGUGAACCAUGUCGGAACAAUUGCCUUCAAUUGAACCGGUUUGAACAAGUAUUUUCCAGAUAAGAUAGUCACAAUUUGAAAGUUUCACAUGACCUGAAAUAGUUUAUUUUCUGUAAAAAUGGCAAAUCUGUACACAAAUGUUUUAGAAAACAAGGUAUAAAUUGCCAGAUUCUUUAGCUGUAUUAUUUAUUCAGAUUUAUUCACUAUAUUAGUUAUAUACAUGUAAUUCAAAUUUUCCAUAAAAUUUAUCACAAGUACCCACCAUUUUUCUACAAGAAACUAACAUUUUGGCUCACAUUUUUACUACCCAUCGGCAUUUAUUAAACCAUUUCAUAAUCCAUUUAAUUCCAACCUAGAUAACCAACAGUUAAUCUGCUGGAACUGUAAGUAAAUUAGCCCCUACCACCAGUAUAGAGCCAGGCCAGCCUGUACGGUGCAUUCUGUGCUGUCUGACCAGGCCCAAUACUGCGGGUAGCCCAAUUUUCUGUAUAUUGAAAUUGAAAUCUCAAAUUUUGAAUGGACUGUUCCAAAUUCAAAGCAGGGCAAGUCCAUUAUACAAAUUCAGCAUGUUAAGGGUCAGCCAUUUUGAAACCGAACCAAACGAUUCCAGUCUGUAUCAUUUUUGCAAUAGCUAGUUUGAAGUAUUGUUUAAGCAUUUAGAAAACCAGUUUAGUGUUCCUUAGACAUUAGUUUCACCGUGACCAGUUUCAAAACCAAUGUUGUAUAAAAGCAUUUUUUCCACAUAAUGUGUUGUACAUGGCACAUAGGUUCACAAAGCAUUGUGUUAUACCUAUUUUGUAUUCUUCACAAUUUGGAACAAUUGUUUGUUCUUUUAUAUUAUAUGUAUUAUUGUUUUUACAAUCAUAUGCAGAAUUUUCAAUGCUCAUGUCGCUGUUCAAUGUGAUUUUUAUGGGGUAACAAAUGUGACCUGUGUAAAAGUGUUGACAUACAUAUAAACUAUUGUUACUUUGUCGGUACAGUACUUCGAGUAAAAAACGAAAGGCGUGUAGAUAAAACUAUCAUUCAUAGCAGACAAGCAAGUGCCAUGUUUAUUAAUAUAUGGCUAUGAUGUAGAUCUUUGGUGAAACAUAACCAUGAAGAAAAUUUUCUCAUUAAUCAUAGCUACAAAGUGAUUCAUUGUUAUUCAUAGCUAUAAAGUUACUUUAUGGUAAUUUACAACUAUGUAAAUUAUGGUUAUAUGGUUAAAUUUAUGGUUAUAGCUAUGAAGUUACUUUCCUGGUUAUAGCUAUGGAAUAACACUCGUCAUAGCUAUGAUUAUUAUUUUCAAAAUUGAUCAAAGCUUUGAAGUGAUUAUAUUGCUGUUAUUCAUAGCUGUUUAGUAAAGUUCAUCUUGUAUCAUGGCUACAAACCCAGCUUUGCCGAGAACAUCAGCCAGUAAGGUAACUUGUGAAUCUUGUGGAUAAUUCUCAGUAUAUGGUGACAGUUAGUUAACCACUGGAACAAACUAUAGCUACAAAGUUUAACUACCAUUGUUUAUCAUAGCUAAAUACCAAAUAAAUUUGAUAAAUAAAUAUUAUAUUCGUGUAGAUUCAAUACUUAGUCUAAAUUUAUUGAACUUGUUGAAUAAAACAAUAUUAUACUGGCCAAAGGCUCGCAUAAAAUGAUUUUAUUCAACUCGUUCAAUAAAUAUAGUCUCUAUUUAUCACAGAAGUACUGAACUUUAAAGUAACAACAGUAUGGUGUAUGUUUUUUGGGUUUUUUUUGUUGUUUUUGACUGGUUCUCAGAAUGAAAGUUGUACUCACUUUAUAUAAUUAUGACCUACUUUUCUUUUCUUUUUUUGCUUGAAUCCACAUCUUUGUAUCACAAGCUUUAUUAUCACUUACAUUUACAUCUAUUUCUUGCGAAUGGAAUAAUUUUGAUUAAAAGUGACCUUUUAAACAUUUUUUUUAAUUAUCUGGUGGUAUAUUUGAAGGUAUAAGUAAAAUGUGACAAUUUGGAUUUUAGUGAAAGUAUGAAAGUAUUCAAUUUGGCUAAGCUACUAGUUAAAUAUUAAUUUUUUCGUUUUUCUUUCGAUUUUUUAUCCAGUAAAUUUUUUUAUUGUGUGUUGUUAAGCUUGUUAUAAAUAUUGUUGUUAUUAAUUGUUACUUAGCAACUUAAUAAUGUGUAAAAAUAAUUGGAAAUGGCUAUCCUAAAAUGAUUCAAUUUAUUUUUCAGUGUCAUUAUCUUAGUUUUUUGAAAAAUUAAUUAGUUAUUCAAUCAAGUCAAAAUAGUUGCUUAAAUCGAAAUACAUUUUGAACUGUUAUUAAGAACUAAUUCUUGCCUGGUUGGUCAUUUAUUGAGAUAGUCAAAUGCAUGUCAAGUUAUCGCUUUACUGUUAUACUUAAUCUUUUUGUACAUAGGAAAAGAUUUUUUUUGCCAAUGAAUCGUCAUAAUUCCACUAUGUUAAGUUUAUUUUAAGCAAGAUAUCUUUAUAUACGUGUAUUUUUAGUAUCUUAUUUUAUUUUGCGAACUUGCAUAACAGUGUGUUUCAGUUAGUGUGAAAAUUACAUUGUAAAGAUGGACAUUAAAUUAUACAAAAUACAAAAAAGUUACAUCAUCAUUUUAUUUUAAAGGAACUCCACUGAGGUCCAAAAGCAUAAAAACAUAAAAUUGGAAUUUCUUACAUAGAUCAACUGGGGCAUUAAAACAGCAAGGUAAUGCAACAGAUAAUUAGGAAAUAUUCUCAGAAAUAAUUUCAAAAUUGUAUUUUUGUGCUAUUAUUAGCCCAAUUUGAUUGUAAAAGGUUGCAACACUGAUUUUUCACAAGUAGAAUGAAUAUUCUGGAAAAACUUCUGGUCAAAUUUUGUACGUCUAGACUUGCAUCAAAUGAAACAAUCAAAAAAUUAUUCCAGUCCUGUUUUGUCAAAAACCUCAGUGGAGUCCCUUUAAAAUAAAGAAAAUAUUCUUUGCAUACAUUGUGAAAUAUAUUUUUGAAAAAGGUAAUAUCUACACUUUACAAUAUUAUAACUUGAAUAACAAUAUGAGUAAUGUUUAAGAGGCACUUGUAGUUCUUGUUGUAAUUUCAAUAGAAAUUGUACAUCAAAUAUUUCAUAUUACAUUUUAAUAAGUGAACUUUCAAUGAAAAUCAGAAUAAAAUAUUUAGAUCAUUUUAAAAGAAUCGCUGAAUAAUAAGUAGAUUGAAUAGAAUCAAUUUUAACGUCAUUUUCACGGUCAGUAUUUGUCAGUGUCCAAAUAUGCCAAAUUCUAACUUUUGUUUACCAGUAUUUGUUGAAGAUUUUCAUGAAAACUUGGGUCAAAAUUUCAUAACAACCAUUCAUUUUUAUCAAAGUUCAUCUGGAAAUAUUAUCCUCUGGAAACAUUAUUGUCAGAUAUUCGGAACAUUUUUAUUAUUAUCAUAAUUUUUUGGAAAUUUGAAAAUUUAAUGAAUUUACACCAAAGUUUGAGAAGUAGACAUUUAAACCAUCAUGAAUGUGAGCCAAACUACAUGCGGAUCUAAGACAAGAAGGGGACCAUUACAUACCUUUUCUAUUUGGUUUGAAUUGGUUCAUUUAGGUUCAUUAAGAUGCAUCUUGUGAUGCUAGUGCAGGGGAAACAUUUCAGUAAUCAUGAUCUAUCAAUUCAUUUACAUUGAAAAUAAAAGUUUAGGGGAAAAAAAAGGUUAUUUCAGGCAUGUUUUAAAGAGAAUCAUAGUAUAAAUUUUAGGAGUUACACUUUGAGUGAUGCCUCGUGCAAAUGGUGAUUUUGUUUUAUAAAUCAUAAUCUUUAGAUGUAAAUCAUCAUAUUUAUUAAGAAACAAUGAAAUUAAGAAUUGUUAGAAAGUUUUCUACUUGCAUUUUUAAGUAUGUAUGUUUAUAUGUGAUUACAUUGUACUUAGAUAUUAAAUUUUUCUUACAGUUUAUUAAGAACAAAACAUUUGAAGAAAAAAAAUCACUGUACAACUAUCACAACAGUGAUUUGAUAAGCAUACAUGUAUGUAAAAUGACGCCAUGAAAUUUUCAACAAAAAUGUUUUUAUGAAAGGAAACACAAGAUCUGUAUGUAUAUGAAAGUGUUGAUAGAUUUUAAGCAUAACAAAAUUAUAUCCAUAUAUAGUUUCCAUGUAGACUGAGAUAUUUAUUAGGUCAAAGGUCAAAAGUCCGAAUCUGUAGUGCUGCUUUUUUGUGUCACUUUUAUUUUGUUGUCGUUUUUUAGGGCACACGGCAUGACUGAGUGAGAAAAUAAGAAAUCAUAAAAAUAAUAAUUCAAUCAUUUUUGAGAGCUCUGGAAAAAAAUUAAUAUGAUUUUUUUUUUCUCGUUGAAUAAAAGUAUUAAAUUUGAAUUUAUAUAUUAAUUAUACUACUAAUUUGUAAAAAUCUGAUUCAGAAACAAAAUAGCUUGCAUUUAUUUGUCAAUUUCAGCUUUUUUGGCAUUUUUUAUUCUAUUUUCAAAAUGUUGCCUAGAUUUUUUUCAUCAGUAUAGGAAAGAUAUUGUAAAUGUAUGUAAAAGAAAUUUGUGAAAUUAUUAAAUGUUUCAUCACACACUUCCUGGGUACACUUAUUACAUGUAAGUCUGUAUAGCAAUAGAAAAUUUCAUUCUAUAAUAUCA